AUGACGCGUGGAUGUAAACUGAUUGCACCGGCUCAGGUGGGUGUGCGGUUUUUGCCCAUUGAUGAGGUUUGCAGUUUCUCCGUUGGCGGUGAUGAUGGUGGCGCCGCAAAAGACGUCAAGGCGGAACAAGGUUUGGGGUUCCGUGCCUUGGGCUUGGGAUCUACUAGGGAUUUAUCGCUACUGCACCUGCAACAAGUCCCAGCUAAUGAUACUGUGUCCAUGUCGUCCCUGCCGGAUUCAAUCACCUCAUCAGGCUUCUUAAGUGCGCUUCGUUCCGCCGUCUCGUAUACAUUGGCGGGUGACUCCAUUACGUCUGGCCCCGUAAAGCUCCGAGAAGAAGAAAUAGUGGACAAGCAUUGGCUGGAUCUUCUUAAGUUGUGGCCACUCGACCUUGCAGCCUCUGGGUACGCGGAGUGGUGGUUGCGGCAUCCUCGAUGUCGAGCGGAUGCCACCGAUUUAUUUAAGGAGCUCCUAAGGCGAUUGGAGCGGGAGGAGCGUCUUUGUAGGAACUACAAAAGGGAUUUUAGUCGGGAGGAACCGAACUCAGAUGCCUUGCAAGGUGCCUUGGGUAUGUUGCAGUCCAUCUCUGCCGAUCCCCCGUCCUCCUUGAAGGGGAUGUUCAGGGACCCUUUCUAUCAUCAGCAGUUGUUUUACUUAUCCUGUCGUGUUGGAGCUCACGCACCUUCGUCUUGGUAUGGGAGGAAGCAAAACACAGGAGUGCUAGCAGCAUGCCUUUCCCUUGCAGCCGCCACUGCCCAGCAGAUUAGGGGGGACCAGUUGCAAAUGCGGCAUGAUUUGAUACGUUUCUUAGGAAAUGUGCAGCGUGAGUGGCAGAGUCUCCUGGAGUUGCGCCCGGAUGAGGUGACGCUGCGUCUGGAGUUCAGUCGCGUAAGGACCCGUUUGACAUGUGCAAUGGAAUGA